AGAUACCAGACCGCAGGAUAGCGAACCGUCAUAGACGUGUUAAAUUAGCGCUGAACCAAGAAAUUUACGGAGUAUUUUAAAGAGAUGUGUUAACCGGGUGCUAUUUUGCAGACAUCUCGAAAUGUACAAGUUAGAACAGGAAUUCUCGCGAGCCAAAAAUUCGAACAGAAAUUCUAAAAAAGGUGACAAGAAAAAUUACAGUAAAAGAUGUAAGAAAAAACGGGCCACUGUACCAUUACAUCACGAUGAUAGCUCAUCGUCUAAAGAAAAAAGUCGAAAAAAAAUCCACAAGGUCGAAGAAAAAACUAUCAACCACGUUGCAAAUGGAUAUCCCAUGGCUGAGAAGAAACUACCGCAAGAACGCAAACCGGCCAAAGUGAAUGGAAAAACGUUUGAAAAAUGUACGAAACCAUCUAAUGUUUCUCAGCAAUAUACGGAACAAAAAAUUAGUACCGUUUCAAAUGAAGACAAAAAAAUGAAGCAAAAUCCGGAAGUACAGAAAACAAGCUGUGCGGGUGCUCAAAAGUCAGUCAUAAAAAGGAAGAACAAACACAGCACCAAAACUUCAAAAAAAUUUAAAAAGGAGCAUCUUCCGUUGUCAGAGUCCGACAGCGACGCAGAUAAUUACAUUGAUAAGUUUUUUGAUGAACUUUCAGACGGCGAACAACCCGACUUGGUGGUGGAGUCCGGCUCUAGUUCAGCCGAUUUAGAUGAACUUUCCACCGAAACUGAUUCGGAACCCAGCGAAGACCAACAAGGGAAUGCAAUGUCUCUGGAAGAGCUACUAAAUUUCUACGGGAAAUUUCAAGAUAAACAAGCCAAACCAAAUAAGAGCAAUUUAAAAUCAACUGGAAAACAAUCCGUAAAAGCAGCGAAGACUGAAAAAGUGAAGAAUAAGUUCAAUCCGACUGUCACAAAUCAAUGGAUUGAGGAAGAUAACGAUGUAGGUUUGGUGUACGGAGAUUCGGAUGAGGAGCACGCUUCUUCCAGCAAGGCACUGGUGCCGGUUGGAGAUUCAUUGUUGGAAACGUCCGAAGAUGAUGAUGAUUUUGUGCCUGGUGAGUCGCUGGACGAUGAGGAAUAUUUAACCAGUGAAGAUGAAAUGCUUUCGUUUGAAAUGGAGGAAGACUCCGAAUCGAAUGAGGAUUCUUUUAGUACAGAAUACUCCAGCUUCGAGGAUGGCAGCUUUUCGGGAUCGGAGGAUUAUGAUUUCGAGGAAGAGGAAAGUAGUGAGGAGGAUGACGAAGACGAUGAGUUUUCGUCUUAUUGGAGUGAUUCGUACAACAGUGAGGAGGAUGGUGACUAUUUGCCGUCUGAAGACGAGGAUGAUCUGUUCAUCGGACGGGGCACGGCUAGGAUAUACGAGAUUGAUGAUAACAAUAUUUCGUUCAAUAGCGAUAUUGAAUCGGCGCAAAUUGUUGAGCUGCCAAGUGAUGGGGAUCGGAAACGUUCUGUAGCGACCGACAGCCAGUCCGAAGCGGAUAAAGAAGAAGACUCGGAACUUUGUCCGGAAUUGGUGCCAAUUUAUGAUAAUCGAGGAAGACUGAUCGAUAGUGCUGAAACACUUAAAGAGGACGGCAACGAAAAGGUGCCCGGAGGCAGUGCAGCUGAUUUUAUGAAGGUGGAAAUGAAUGCUGACAUGCUCGAUCCCGAUAAAGACAGAGAUUCUUCCGCAGACGGCGAUGAAAACUCAGAGAUGACAGAUUCAAUGUCAGAGCAGGAAUCCGAUUCAGAAUUAGAUGAAUCAAAGUUGCUCAAUCAUCAAUUUUAUGAUUCAAUUGACAUGCUAAUGUCGCUGUUGGUGCUUAAAAGUACGCUUUUCUUCAGUGGACAAUUGAUAGUGCAACCGCUAGUUGGAAGUUUGGAGAUUAUGGGCUACCGGUUAAAACCAGGGGAAUGUAAGCACGCGUUCGCAGCGCGGGGAUUCCAUUCCCUCAAUUUGACCCCUCUUCCAAGUGGUGACGGUAGUCGCAAUAAAUCCCUGCACGAUGUACUUCAACGUCUGGAUAAGCAUUUUAUGGAGGCUGAUUUGAAAGUUGUGAGUGAAACAUUUGAUCCGUCGAAUUCGGUUCUCGUUCUACUUCAGUCAGACUGCAGCAAUCGCCGCGCAGCGAUAGUCGAUAAGUAUAUGCCAGAGCUGGUUUUGUUCCCGAAAGCGUGGUCCUUGCAGAAAGGAGUCUUUUUCACCAGUGAGUAUUUAUUGAAUGCGCAAUUUCUGACUGAAUACGUGCCAAAAAGCACCACACUCUUUGAAAGUGGGCCGGAAUGGAAUCAAAUCCCCCUGGAGCAGUCCAGUAGAAUAGUAGUUAUUGGCGGAAAAGGAGCGGGAAAAUCUACUCUCUGUCAGUAUCUUGUAAAUCGGGCCAUUGGUAAAUUUAAGAAAGCAGUGUUGAUCGAUUUAGACAUUGGUCAACCGAUUCAGCACAUUCCGGAAACAAUAAGCGUGACAAUCGUCGAUCAACCUCUGCUCGGACUUGCAUGCUUCAAUCCUAUUGCACCGAAAAAAUGUUGGUUGUUCGGUAGUCUAGAUGUCGUUUCUUCGCCGAUUAUCUAUAUCCAAAACGUACGCCAAUUGAUUCGGUACUGUCACGAGCACCAAGCGGAGCUAGCCAACGUCCCUUGGAUUGUUAACACUAUGGGAUACGUUAGCGGAUUGGGCGACGAGCUGAUGGCUGCUAUUCUCCGGAUAUUAGCUCCCUCAGACGUUGUGCAGCUGGUUUUCACCACGAAAAAUCCUUCGACACCAAAUUUCCAAAAUUCCUUCACCAGUGAUGUCAUCAAUCAGUACAAUUUCAAAAUUCUGCAUACUGAAGUGGAGGAGUUCUGUCAGGAGAAGGUCUCCUUCCGACACUGCCAAUUGAACGUCGAUAAAUCGCGCAGAGGGUUUACUCUAGCGGCUCCAAAUAGACGUAAGCUCAUGCUACUCGUUCACCUUGCUGGGAUUAUGGACGAUUGCCCCAGUGGAUGGUUCAACGAGGUGCGCCCGCUAUGCGCUCCACUCGAUCAAUUACAAGUGCUGAUUACCAGGGAGGAUCAAAGUCUUCCCGAACAAUAUCUGCCGGCGGUAUUGAACGCAUCGCUAGUAUUUCUCUGUAGGAAAACCGAUACGGGCAGUUUGUAUGAGUGCUUGGGACUCGGCAUUGUUCGCGCCGUGGAUAAGGAUAAAAAUGUGUUCCUCCUACCAUCGCUAGCUUCACCGGAACAGCUAGCAGAGGUAACAGUGCUAGCCAUCUGCAGCAGUAGUUUACCGAAUGCGAUACUUCUGCGACAGAGUCCCCGCGUUCAGGGGAUUGUUCCCUACGUGCACAACGUUGGCUGAGUUUAACCUCUCAUUCGACGACAUUGUUAGCAAGUUUUUGUUGGUGCACCAGUGAAGGAUGUGAGCGUUGACAUGUGUAAGCUUUCCUAUUUGUAUGUAUUUAUUACAGGUGAUAUUUCAUAUAAAAAAGAAUCUUUUUCUGUUAAAUG